CAUACGAAAGUACUAGGUUUAGAAUCAAAAGUUGAAUUCUCUACAAGGUACGUAAUGAAUGCAAGUAUUCUGUAUUCAUGAACUACUAAAGACCAAAGUUGAAGAACACUAACUGAAUGAAUAAACAACUGUUAAAAGAGUAGUUCACCAAUAAAUAAACCAAAGGGAGAAAAAACUUCCAAGUUUCUUCAGUUUCAAACACUUACUAACCCAAAACUGCUAAGUCAAUUCCAAAACCAAAACAUCGUCAUUCAAUUUACUCUAAUCCCCCUCAUAAUGGGCCAUUAAAGACUUUUUUGAAUUUUCUUCUCCAGUCCCCCAUCAACGUAAUUAUGCAAUAACACAUAUUUAAUUGAGCAUUUGUGGUCAUUAAUUCACAAAGAUAAAUGAACAUUCAGCAACAGUCACAUGGAAUAUAUAAAGACAACUAAAGCCAAAGGGCCAGGUUGGUUCAUUAGUUUCCUUGAAUUUCUACAUUCACCAGCUAUUGCCUUUUUCACCUUCAUCUCUCCCAAUCAAGAAAGAUGUAUGGAAAACUAGCCAGACUCAAUUUCCCUCCUAUUCUUCUGAUAUCCUUCUUCUUCCUCCAUUCUAUGGCAACUGGCAUCAAUAUCUCACUUCGUUGUGCAGACCUAAACCCGCAGAUAUCUAACAGCUCCAAAGGAUUCAAGAAAGGAGAAAUUGCACAAGGAAACAGUAUUGAUCCAGAGCUUGCAAGUGCAGAGAAACAACCAAAGAUUAUAACAGUGAGGAAGAAUGGAAAAGGGGAUUUCAGGACGCUAAGAGAAGCAAUCAAUAGCAUCCCAUCAGGAAAUAAAAAGCGCACGAUCUUGAGGAUCGGGCCAGGAGUAUAUAAAGAGAAAGUGACCGUUGAUAGAUUAAAACCCUACAUCACUUUCUACGGUGAACCAGAUCAAAUGCCAAGGAUAACAUUUGAUGCCACGGCAUCUCAAUAUGGGACUAUAAAUAGUGCUACAGUCGCAGUGGAGUCUGAUUACUUCGUUGCAAGCAAUAUAAUCUUUGAGAACUCUUCUCCAAAGCCAAUUCUUGGCAUGCAAGGAUCCCAGGCCGUAGCAAUGAGGAUAUCUGGGGACAAGGCAGCCUUCUACAACUGCAGGUUCUAUGGGCAUCAGGAUACUCUCUGUGAUGAUAAAGGACUGCAUUUCUUCAAGGAUUGCUACAUCAGGGGAACAGUAGAUUUUAUAUUUGGCGAUGGCAGAUCCAUAUAUUCGAAUUGCAAGUUAGUGUCAAUUGCGGAUGGGGUCACGGCGAUAACAGCACAAGGAAGGUAUAGCACCUCGGACAACAGUGCGUUUGUUUUCCUCAACUGCAACAUUACAGGAACAGGGAAUGCAUUCCUAGGCAGAGCAUGGAAGGAAAACUCAAGGGUUGUCUUUGCUUACACUUAUAUGGGCAAUCUCAUUAAUCCCAGAGGAUGGGACGAUAAAGGCUACUCAAACCGUCAAGGAAGUGUGUUCUAUGGUGAAUACAAAUCUCAAGGUCCAGGUGCAGCAACAAAACAUCGAGUGAAAUUCACGAAGUUGUUAACGGAUGAGCAGGCAAAACCAUUUGUGAGCAUGAACUUCAUCCAGGCUUCACAAUGGCUUAAGCCACCACCAAAGUUAGUGGAUUGAUUCAAGAUGAACUUUUAAUAUGAGCUUUCUCAACUAAGUUGGUCCUGAAUAGAAAGUGAAAAGGGAUAUGAGAUUCUCUCACAACCCUUGAUUCACCCAGAUUAUGUAAUUUUAAAAUCUUCAUUUGCAUUAAGAACGCUGCACCCUGAGAUGAUUUUUAAUC